AUGUUCUUUAUUAUUCAUUCUUUGCUUACUUCUGUUUUUCUAACAGCUUUGGGACCCCAGAACAGAACAAUGCAUUUUGUGACUGAGUUUGUCCUCCUGGGUUUCCAUGGUCAAAGGGAGAAGCAGAGCUGCUUCUUCUCAUUCAUCCUUGUUCUCUAUCUCCUGACACUGCUAGGGAAUGGAGCUAUUGUCUGUGCAGUGAAAUUGGACAGGCAGCUCCACACACCCAUGUACAUCCUUCUGGGAAACUUUGCCUUUCUAGAGAUCUGGUACAUUUCCUCCACUGUCCCAAACAUGCUAGUCAAUAUCCUCUCUGAGACUAAAACCAUCUCCUUCUCUGGUUGCUUCCUGCAAUUCUAUUUCUUUUUUUCACUGGGUACAACAGAGUGUUUCUUUUUAUCAGUUAUGGCUUAUGAUCGGUACCUGGCCAUCUGUCAUCCAUUACACUACCCCUCCAUCAUGACUGGGAAGUUCUGUCUAAUUCUGGUCUGUGUAUGCUGGGUAGGCGGAUUUCUCUGCUAUCCAGUCCCUAUUGUUCUUAUCUCCCAACUUCCCUUCUGUGGGCCCAACAUCAUUGACCACUUUGUGUGUGACCCAGGCCCAUUGUUUGCACUGGCCUGCAUCUCUGCUCCUUCCACUGAGCUUAUCUGUUCCUUCAACUCGAUGAUUAUCUUUGGGCCCUUCCUCUCCAUCUUGGGAUCUUACACUCUGGUCAUCAGAGCUGUGCUUUGUAUUCCCUCUGGUGCUGGUCGAACUAAAGCUUUCUCCACAUGUGGGUCCCACCUAAUGGUGGUGUCUCUAUUCUAUGGAACCCUUAUGGUGAUGUACGUGAGCCCAACAUCAGGGAACCCAGCAGGAAUGCAGAAGAUCAUCACUCUGGUAUACACAGCAAUGACUCCAUUCUUAAAUCCCCUUAUCUAUAGUCUUCGAAACAAAGACAUGAAAGAUGCUCUAAAGAGAGUCCUGGGGUUAACAGUUAGCCAAAACUGA